AUGCAGGGUGACAAGGAAGGUAGCUUCGCGACUUUUCCGGCCUCAACCUUCCCAUACUCGGCUGAUGAGUCUUCCCCGUUGUCCGACGUCCCUUCCGAGCAGCCGGAUAAGCUGGCGCCGUCUCUAGAUGCCACUCCCGUUGAAAUCGACAAUGGCGACCACCAAGAGCCAGCGAAUAGUAGUGUGGAUGUUCCUGACUCGGCACGCGCGGAAUCAUCUGAGAAUGACUCCAGUGAUGACGAAGCUUGCAUGUCAUUCACGUGUCAACAUUGCGACAGACCUUACUCUACCGACAAGGGCCUCGAGCGUCAUCUAAAGGACGAUAGUUCUAGGUGUGCGAGGAACCGCCUAGACGUAGGCGAAGUAACCUUGUGGACUUGUCCACGAUGCCAUGCGCAGAUGGGGAAGAAGUACUCUGCUGAGCGCCAUGUGAAAGAGUCGUGCUGGAAGAUCUGCGACGAGUGCUGCGAGAGCGGAAACACACAAUGCGAUGCGAUCCAACAGGACGGAAACUGUACCAAUUGUGAGAAGACAAGCAAGUCGUGCACUAAAUAUACAGAGGCAGUGCCAGACUGUGCUCCAGAGCUUUUGGCGCGUCUACCUACGCAGUCUAGAAAGCUUAGGGCUAAGCAGACAGCAGCCGCUACGCGUCCGAAAGUCAAGCGUGAGAAGCGCAAGGCGGUCAAAUCACCAGAGACCAGUCCACCAUUGAAGCACGCCGCCAAGCGUCCUGCGGCCGCUGUUAAAGAGGGGAGGAUCGCGAGUCAUGGUGACAGUGCAAUUCCUUACAAUAACGAUCCAGGUAGGGCACAACGUUCCCACCGUCAUACAUCGAAUGAAGCAGUCCAAAGUUGGCUCCGCGAUUACCAAGAAUCCCAUGUAUCGAGAUCUAGCAUCUUACCCGAGCAUGCUCAACGCAAUCGCCUCCCUCGGGUAGAUACCUCAGACACCCCCGCCAUGUUCCCUAACAUGUCCAAUCAAAACUCGUUUGCCUCGGGAUCCUUCGAUCCUUCCACGCCAUAUGCUGGCUCCGAUCUGAAUCAGAGCAUGCAACGAGCGCUCUUCCGUCAACAACAGCACGUGCAUAAUAUGACGAUGUUGGCUCGGUAUGAACAACGUUCUGGCAUUGGGAAGUAUCGUCUGCCACAGAUCCGGAACCCUGUGACAGAAAUGGACCUUGGCCAGCAUUCUUUCGAGGAUAUACAUCCUCCGGAUGCUCGCGUGGGUAGGUUUCGCCCGGCUCAAAAUGCCAAGUUCCAUAUUCACGAGGACGUUCCCAACGGGUAUAUGAACCAACCUCGCGGUGCUCAAUUCCUUGCAAGUGCGCCGGGAUCUCGACUGCCAUCUUCACAAUCGUCUACUAAACAGCUAGAGAGUGCUCAACCAUGUCUACCGGACCUUGAGAGCAUGGCUGAUGCACAGAGCGUCGAAAAGCAGCACACACUCUAUGAGCUUACUAAGCCGAACCGCCCCCGAACUCCCGCUACAGAUCCCACCGAACCAACGCUCACGCUCCAGAUACACAGCAACACCUAUGACGCUAACGGGAAUACUAUCUUCUCUAUCCUGCUCAUCCGAGGCUCCCAGGAGUUCGGGCCUCGCCUGGAUGCUUACUGCCAGCACCGCAAGAAAGAAUAUGGCGCAGACUGGGUCUUCAUCUACCGCUACCGUGCGCCGACCAAGAAAGACAAGAACCGCGAAAAGUACAUAGACAUCACGUACAACAUGACCCCAAACGACAUCAAGGAUGAAGAGUAUCCAGGUAUGGCACUCGCAGAUAUGGACACCAUCUUCGUUAUGAAAGCUAGAUCACGUAUUGCAGUGAUGGUUGCGAACGACCGCGGAGAGGGUCGCGUUGUCCCGUCUCCUGUAGGCUCGCAAAUUUCACGCGAGGAGGUCGACAUCAAGAACGGUGAGACUCUGGUUUAUCAGGAUGGAAACACUGCUACUCAAUGGUUUACUCAAUGUGAGGCCAAGAUGAAAGAACUCCGUAAUUCCACGGGUGAGCUGUCAUCUACCAUCUCACGCCAGAACAUGACAAUGAUGCGGCUACAAAACGCAAUUGCGGAGCUGGAGACACGCAAUGCGCAGCUUAUGCAACAGAACGCGCAGCUGCGUCAGGACUAUCAUCCUACUUUUGGUCCCACUCUUCCACAUCUUCGUCAGGCCGUCCCCAAUUCUGGCCGUCUCACGCAACUCCAGCGUAGACCCGUACAGGGCCCAAAGUCUCCGUCGUUCAUGUCUCGGAUCGAAUCCGUUCGCGACCCUUUGGAGCCAAUGUCUCGACAACAGUUCCCUCCGCUCAUGUUUCCCAUCUUCUCUGAAGGCGAGCAAGGUCUCCCCACCUAUGUUGGCCAGCAGAAGCCAACGAACUUCCAGCCUUUAGCUGGGUACGUACCUUCUCAGGGCAUGCCCAUGACUUCACAGAACCUACGUCAUCAGGACCCGGUUCAAGAUGCGGCGUCCAAAGUUGCAGCUGGGCAGGAUCGUGACAAGGCGGAGGAGUAG